AUGCCGUACACCGUAGAUGCAGUUGGGGCUGCUGCCCCUGAGCUACCCGUCGAGUCUUCCUUGGACUUGAAGGAGAAUAUGUCAGAUGACGCUCACAACAGCAAGCAGGUGCCUCGAAAGCGGACUAGUACAAGGAGGGAAAUUGUAGGCUCCUAUAUGGCCAUUGCCGCCGCGGCAUUUGGACUGUUCUCGGAUGGAUGCGACGUUCUUGGUCAGCUCUUAAUUGGCGUUCUGUGCGACAGAGUCGGGCGCAAAGCAGGGGUAGUAAUCACGACCUCCUUAAUCGUCAUCGGGGCCAUCCUUGCCACUGCUGCUCACGGGUCGCAUGGAAGCGUCGUUGGCCUGUUCUGGUUCCUCACAGUGGCACGCGGGACUAUUGGAGUCGGCACUGGCGGAGAAUAUCCCGCAUCGUCGACCAGCGCCAGCGAGGCAGCGAACGAGCUCACUGUAAAGCAGAGGGGCAGGAUAUUCCUUGCUGUUACAAAUGGUCUUCUCAGCUUCGGCACGCCGUUUGCUGUUGCGGUAUUCCUUAUCGUUCUGGAGGCUGCCGGUGAAAACCACCUUGAGACCGUCUGGCGUGUCUGUUUCGCCAUCGGCAUUGUGUUUCCUCUUCUAGUGUUCUACUUCCAUCAUGUCCCGUACCGUCUGGCCUUCAAGAGGUAUUGGAAAGCGCUCAUAGGCACAGCAGGAACUUGGUUUAUAUAUGACUUCGUCUUCUUUCCUAACACCAUUUUCUCGGGCCUUAUAAUCUCCGAGAUCAUACACGACGGGAGUAUAAAGUCAACUGCAGAAUGGCAGCUAUUCUUGGGGACUAUCGUCCUGCCUGGCACAUGGCUUGGGAUCUAUCUUUGCAAUCCCCUCGGGAGGCGAUAUACGAUGAUGUUGGGCUUCACUGGCUACAUUGUAUUUGGCCUUAUCACCGGGUGCGGCUAUGACAAGAUCACUAAGAUUGUACCCCUGUUCAUCUUCUGUUAUGGCAUGCUGCAUGCCAUGGGGAGUCUGGUCGGUAUCUCUAUCAUGAUUCUUUACCACUUGAAGCUGACACUCGUACAGGGACCUGGAAACCUUAACGGACUUGUCAGCGCCGAGGGAACAUUCUAUGGUAUAUCUGCCGCGGUCGGCAAGGCAGGCGCUGCGAUCGGCACGGAAGCAUUCACGCCUAUCCAAGACAACCUGGGCAAAAAGUACACUCCCCGUUUAUUUGACGCGUGGACGUUCAUCGUCGCUGCGAUCUGCGGUGUCCUCGGCGUUGUGCUCACGUACUUCUUCGUUCCCGAGAUGACGAACAUCGAUUUUGCGGACGAGGACGAGAAGUUCCUCCUGUACCUCGCCGACAACGGGUGGGAGGGGGUCGUCGGCGACGGUGACUCUGCAUUCAGUGCUGAUGAGGUUGUGAGCGUCGAAGAGAAGGAAGCGUGA